GCAUUCCACUGAAGUAAGUUAAUAACAUAGGGUUUCGAAAAAUGUGGCUGUACUACUUGCUCUAAAUGGCUGCCUUUAAUUUGUAAAUUCCCUUGUUAACACCCCCCUGACCCUAGACUAAGGAGGCAUGUAACAAUUAGGAGCUUGACAUCAUGAAUAUUGAUACGAAAUCUUAAAAUUAUUUUAAGAAAUCUUUUAUUAUUAUUAUUUUAUUGCAAACUCCGCUGACUUGUUAUUUGAUCUAUACUGUAAGUUUAGUUUGGCUGCUUUAAACUUUGGUUUUGUCACAGUUGGUAAACCGUGAUCUCGGGUUGUUUACACUUUGUGGUGAAUUCUGUGUGUCCCGCAUCUGCACUGAUUAGUUGUGGGCGUCUCCGUUAAUUGUAUCAGCAACAGCUGCCACUCAUUACUCAUCCACUAUAUAAUGGCUUGUCUCACGUCUUGUGUUUGUGAGAUCGUUGUCUAAUGUUUGAUGUGGUUCCCCUGUUCGUUUGGCUCUCAGUGUUGUUUGCGUUUGGAUGUCUGUGUUUCCCUAGAACCUCAUCCUCUCUCCGCACAUUCACUCAGCCAAGGACACUUACCUUCGGGUCUAUUCCCCGCAGUUCCUGUGCCAUCCUCUCCUGCUGCCUCACGCCGUCAUCAUCCGGAUAACUCACCUUCUCUCCGCCAUCAGCUGGAUUCCUCACCUCUUCACUAUCCCCUCGGAGUGUCGCUGUCUCAUUGUCAUUGUUUGUUGAUUUUGGCUUUGGACCUCUGUCAUGGAUCACCUAUUGAAUGGAAGGAUAUUCCAAACAUAAACAUAGGUUUAAAUCUCACAGAAGGAGACAUCAUGAUGCCUAAAGAAAGGAGUGCCAUUCUUGGAAAUCGGUGGGAUAUUCCCGUCCCCUAUAAACUGACUGCAAAUCUUAGUUUGAACUAUAAAGGAGUUAUUUUGAGAGCAUUUGAGCAGUACAGACUGAAAUCAUGCAUUGACUUCAAGCCCAGAGCAGCAGAAGACUUUUACAUCUCUGCAGAGAGUCAUACAGGGUGUUGGUCAUAUGUCGGUCGCAUAUCUCCAGGAGGUCAGACUCUUUCCAUUGGAAAUGGUUGUGGAAUAAAAUCCAUUGUUGAACAUGAGUUUCUCCAUGCACUGGGAUUUUGGCAUGAACAGUCAAGAUAUGACAGAGAUAAUUACGUGACCAUCAACUUUGCAAACAUCAUUAAAGGGCAGGAGAGCAAUUUCGUAAAAUACAGUGAGAACCAGACCACCACCCAAGGCACGCCCUAUGAUUACUACUCUGUGAUGCAUUAUAAUAAAAACGCCUUCAGCAACGGUAAUGGAAAUACAAUCAUUACAAAGCUUCCUGAGUUCCAAGAUGUGAUUGGUCAACGCCUGGACUUCAGUGAAUAUGAUGUGAUUGAGCUCAACACCCGCUAUAAAUGCACUUCAUCAAUCUCUUUCCUUGAUCACUGUAGUUUUGAUGAUGAAUCUCUGUGUCAGAUGAGUGUCUGUUCUACUGGGGAUUAUGGCUGGCAAAGAUUAAAUUCACUGAGUGGCAUCAGUGUGACUGACCACACUUACCUGGGCAAAGAACAAAAUGGUGCGUCGUUCUUCAUGCACUUCAGCACUGAGGGCAAAAACCAGUCAGACACAGCCAGACUAGAGAGCAAGACAAUGACCCCUACAAGAGACUGCAAAGUCCAGUGCCUGCAGUUCUACUACUAUCACAGUGGCAAUGAAUCUGACCAGCUCAACAUCUGGAUUCGAGAGUACCAGAAUGAUAUGGACAGUAGAGGAACUCUCAGUCUAAUGGAUCAGAUUACAGGACCCCCUGGUAAUUACUGGAAAUUCCAUCAUGUGCCACUGAAUGCUAAUAAUACCUUCCAAGUUGUAUUUGAAGCACGUAAAAGAGCUGGAAACAACAGUGGAGGCUUUUCACUGGAUGAUAUCAAUAUUUCAGAGACUGAGUGUCCCCACGUGUGGCAGAUAAGAGACUUUAAUGUUUUGAACAAUAGUGAGCCAUCCACUUCAGUGUACAGUCCAUUGUAUUACUCCAGUGAUGGUUAUCGCUUUCAGGCUCGCUUAAUGAUGUAUCCAAAUUACUUUUAUAUAUCUGUUCGUCCUGUAUCUGGUACAUAUGACGAACAGUUACAGUGGCCUUGUCCAUGGAGACAAAUAACCUUCCAGAUGCUUGACCAGAAUCCACACAUACAGAAGCAAAUGUCCUUGGAGCUAAGCCUCACGACUGAACCUGAUUCGGCUUCUUCUAGGUAUUAUUGGGCCAAUCCUCGAAAUGGUGGAAAUCAAGUCAUAAUCGGCAGUGAGUCUGUAUUCGUGGGUGCUUGGGUUGUUUAUCCAUAUUCCAUAAUCAAAUAUGAUCUGACUAGAAGAGAGUUUGUAAAGGGUGAUGACAUCAUAUUUCUAUUCAGCAUGCAAGAUAUCUCAGGGCUACUUGAGAAGGACUCUCUACCCUGCCCUAAAGUAAGUGUGGAGAAAUUAAAUGUUUCUCUGGAUGCGACUGCCCAGCAGGGACCAUGUGUUCCAAGAGUUCUUCCUACAGCUUCACCAGGACCCACUGAUGAAUGUGCUGGCAUCAUGGCUUCCUCUCUGAUCAUCGUUGUGGUUUCCUUUCUUUUGCUAAUGAGUUAAAAAUGAGGAAUCACUAUUUUUAACCAUAUGUCUGACUACACAUGAGUUCAGUGCCAAAGAACAGCAUCUAUCUUCAGCUUCCUCCUUCAUGAUCAUUAAAUGUGAAUUGUUAAUUAAUACAUUGUUUAUACAUUUUUCUAUAUUCAUUUAACACCAAUCAAUAUUACAUUUUAUUUUUUAAUCAUUAUGUUUACAAAUUUAUUAUCAGACUUUCAUAAUGUAUGAUUAUACAUUCUUUGUUUAAAAAUACUAAUCUAACCUUUUUUUAAUUGGAUAAGUAAUAAAACAAUGCUGCAAGUA